AAGAAGAAAAAGUUGGAGCUUACCGGCGUGCUCGUGUAACAUGUCGGGGAAUAAGGACACCGACGGCGGCUGGAGGGGCUUUCUGUGGAAUUCCGAGAGGAAGGAGUUUCUGGGGAGAACCGGCGGCAGUUGGUUGAAAAUCUUUUUGUUCUACGUCAUCUUCUACGGAUGCUUGGCGGCCUUCUUCGCCGGGACCAUUCAGGUGAUGUUGCUCACCUUGAGCAACUACAAGCCCACCUACCAGGACCGGGUGGCACCGCCAGGUCUGUCGCAUACGCCGCGCUCCGAGAAGUCCGAGAUUUCAUUCAAGAUCAGCGACCCGACGACGUACGAUCAGUACGUGGGGAGCAUUAAAAAGUUCCUGACGCUCUACGACGACGACCGCCAAACCGACAUGUAUAAAUACGAAAACUGCGGAGACGAACCCGAGCCGUACCGCGAGCGCGGCCCCUUGGAGAGCAGCCAGGGCCAGCGCAAGUCCUGCAGCUACAGAAGGUCCUGGUUGCAGGACUGCUCGGGGACCCCCGACAGCAGCUACGGAUUCCGGGAAGGGGCGCCGUGCAUCAUCGUCAAACUCAACAGGAUCGUCAACUUCAGGCCCAAGGCCCCCGCCAGUGACGCCGUGUUGCCCCCGCCUCUCGUCGGCCGAGUAAAGCCCAACUCGCUGCCCGUUUUCUGUAAGAACAAGCGCGAGCAGGACGCGGACAAGCUGGGCGAGAUCAAGUACUUUGGCUUCGGCGGGAGCUUCCCGCUGCAGUACUACCCGUACUACGGCCGUCUGCUGCAGCCCAACUACCUCCAGCCGCUGGUGGCCAUCCAGUUCACCAACAUCACGCUGGACGAGGAGGUCCGCGUCGAGUGCAAGGUUUACGGCGCCAACAUCGACUACAGCGACAAGGAUCGCUACAUGGGACGAUUCGAGGUCAAGUUCAACAUCAAAUCGUGACCUCCUCCGGCGGUCGGUCGGCGCGCACCCGUCACCCCACCCCACGCCUGCGUCACCUCCUCUCCUCUCCUCUCCUCUCCUCUCCUCUCUCUUUUCUUUCGACAAGCAACUCUUCCCAAAACAAUAGUGUUGCCAAUUGAGAUGAUAAAAGAUAAAUAAGGAAACAAAAAAAUGAAAACCUGAACCACGAUGGAGGUCAGAUCGGAAAGUUUUCAGGAGACGAGACCACUCGGGCGCGGUUAUGCCAUCGGGCAAAUGUUAUCUUUCUUCACACAAAAUAAAUAAAUAAAAUAAAAUCUCCUCGGCACACGAGCUAACAAAAACGCCACAAAGUUGGAAUCGCAUUUUUUUUUUUUUUUUUUUUUUUUUGUUCUGCCUGUCACUAAACUUGACCUGGGAUGUAUGUUGAAGAAUUCAUUUUUCUGGAAAAUAAGAGACUCGUCAUCACAUUACAGGCUUCUUGAUACUCUUGACUUUAUUUCUGCAAAUAAUUUCAUCGUCGACAACCUUUUCUUUCAAAUGUAUUCUCAUCGGAUGUUGAGUUUUCUCUGUAGUCUUUUAUUUUCUUAAAAAUAAUAACUUUAUUCUCAUGUUGGUACCGUAGUCAGCCCACGACCCCCCUGAAUUAAAAAAAAAUUAAAUCAGAAUAAAGUUGUAUUUCUUUAAGGGGAAAGGCAUAAUUGUACGUUGAAUUAAAAUGGAAAUAUGACAAUUCUGAGGAUAACUUUUUUUUCUAUAAAAGAUAUAACUUUAUUAAAAAUAUUAACUUUUAGUUGAAAGGGUUUGAUUCUUUUUUUGUUUAACGUCAGGCGUCCUUGAUGUCCUUAAAAUAUUUCACCCAUAAAAUUCUGAUUUACUCUUGAAAUCUUGACUUUUAAUGGAAAAAAAAAAAAAAACCUUCUCAAAAAUGGGCUUUAACAUUAUGAGAAGUCCUCUAUUUUUUUCCUCAAAUCUGGACUUUUUUUUAUGUAAAUAUGAGUUUCAUUUUCAAAUUUUUUCACCUCAAACCCAAACCCUUUAAAUGUUUUUUUUGUUGUAAAAUUGGCAUGCAUCUUAAAAAGAAAAAAAGACCCCCCCAAUUUUUUUUUGUAAAAUUGGCAUGUAUCUUAAAAAGAAAAAAAAGCACCCCCCCAAAAAAAAAAAAAAUAUAUAUAUAUAUAUAUAAUAUAUGACAUACAAUAAAUCUCCCCCCCCCCAAAAAAAAAAUCUGGACAUAUGGUUAAAGUAUUGACCUAUUUUUCCUCAAAAAUGACUCAGAAUUUUGGUCCUCAAAAAGUAUAUAGAAUUAUAUGUAGAAUUAUAUAUAUAUAUUGUUUACCGUCACAGCUGUGAUUUUUCACCCUCUGUCCACAACCCACUUUUACGGUGCUGCCCCCCCCCCCCAAUAUUUUUGGGUCACUGCCGUCUCCAGAACCUCAUUUCACCCCCCCCACCCCCAAAAAAAGUGCGCUUCAUCCCCACUCGGGCUUCUCUAGUGUCUGUCCAGGGUUUUAGGACGUGGCGUAGCAAUAGCAAAGCAAAUGAAAUCAUAUUUAUUCUGCUGUACAUGAUAAUAACUAUGAUAAAUAUUAGUCGCAUCCAUACAGUCUAUUAAAAAGAAAAAAAAAAGUCUCUCUCUUAAUUCCACUACUAUUACUACUACUUAACUACUACUGACGUGUUUGUGUCGUAAAAUCUCGUCUGGUCCGCUUUUGUGCGCCUGCGCGUGUGUUUAUGUGUGUGUGCGACUAAUUGAAAUACUAGCGCGGUACUGGACAACAGCGACAAAGGAUCCAUCAUUUGUUAGCGUUUCAUUAACCCCCCCCCCACCGCCCCCCUUCUGUCGUUUAUAUAGUUUUUUUUUUUUUUUUUAGUUUCUAGCAGAGUCCUAUACUGUUGAAUGUUUUAGCCAUGUUCAUGGUGGAAGAAUUUUAUAUUUAUGCAGUUGUACAUUUUAUUUCUCUCUCUCUGUUUCUCUCAAAAGUGUCAUGUUUUGAAUCCGAUACCAAAGUAGUCGCUGGUUGAAAAUAACAACAAACAAAAAAAAAAAAAAGAAAGUAUCAAUGCAGUAUCCCAUUACAUGUUGACAACAACAACAAAAAAUAUGAAUAAGAAAAAUAAUCAAAACACUUUGUCAAGAGUCUUCUGGUCACUUUAUUUAAUCUGGCUGAAACAAUAAACGACGUCAAAAAGUUGUGA